AUGGAAAAGGUCAAGAAAGCCCUCAACGCCGGCUCCGAGGCCGUCGGCGUCGGCGUCGGCGUCAAGCCAACUGAGCCUUCGGCAGAGGCCUAUGCUGAGCUCAAGGCCAAGUACACCGAAGCUGGCCAGGACCACGUCUUCACUUUCUACGACUCUCUGAGCACCCAAGACAAGGCUGCCUUGUACGACCAGCUGUCCGGCUUCAACCCUGCCUCCAUCAACGAAAUCACAAAGAGGGCCCUUGGCGAGUCCAAGUCAGACACCCCCGACGCCCUCGAGCCCCUCCCCGAGUCUGCUCAAGCCAGCAUUCUCGAUUCAAGUCCCCAUGACAUCAACAAGUGGUACAGCUCUGGCCUGGGCCUCAUCGGCAAGAACAAGGUGGCCGUGGUUCUCAUGGCUGGCGGUCAGGGAACUCGCUUGGGCAGCUCGGCGCCCAAGGGUUGUUACGACAUUGGGCUGCCUUCCCACAAGAGCCUGUUCCAGAUCCAGGCCGAGAGGAUCCGCAAGAUCCAGGAGCUUGCUGCCAAGCAUAGCGGCGCCGCGUCUGUCGCCGUUCCCUGGUACGUCAUGACUAGCGGCCCAACCCGCAAGCCUACCGAGACCUUUUUCGAGGAGAACAAGUACUUUGGCCUAGAUGCUGCCAAUGUCAAGAUUUUCGAGCAAGGAGUCUUGCCCUGCAUUUCCAACGAGGGAAAGAUCCUCCUCGAGAGCAAGAGCAAGGUCGCUGUCGCCCCCGAUGGCAACGGCGGCAUCUACCGGGCCUUGGUUGUCUCUGGCGUUCUCGACGACAUGCGCAAGCGCGGCAUCGAGCACAUCCAUGCCUAUUGCGUCGACAACUGUCUCGUCAAGGUUGCCGACCCCGUCUUCAUUGGCUUCUCCUCCUCCCUCGACGUCGACAUUGCCACCAAGGUCGUUCGUAAGCGAGACGCUACCGAGUCUGUCGGCCUCAUCCUCUCCAAGAACGGCAAGCCCGACGUUGUCGAGUAUUCCGAGAUUGACAAGGCCACCUCUGAGGCAGAGGAUCCCAAGCACCCUGGCGUCCUCAAGUUCCGGGCUGCCAACAUUGUGAACCACUACUACUCUUUCUGCUUCCUCGAAUCCAUUCCUCAGUGGGCUCACAAGCUGCCCCACCACAUUGCUCGCAAGAAGAUUCCCUACGCAGACACUAAGUCUGGCGAACCCAUCAAGCCGGAGACUCCCAACGGCAUCAAGCUUGAGCAGUUUGUUUUUGACGUCUUCCCCAUGCUGUCUCUGGACAAGUUUGCAUGCAUGGAGGUUCGUCGCGAGGACGAGUUCUCGCCACUGAAGAAUGCCCGCGGCAAGGGCCAGGACGACCCCGACACCAGCAAGGCCGACAUCAUGGGCCAGGGCCAGCGAUGGGCGGCUGCGGCCGGAGCUACUGUCGUGGCUGAAGGUGGCAUUGAGAUUUCGCCUUUGAUCAGCUACGGUGGCGAAGGUCUCGAGAAGCUCAGCGGUACCACAAUUACUGCUCCGGCCGUUCUGGAGCGAGAAUAA